GAAUUCGUUCCUGGGACAUUAAUACUCUCUACUGUGACCUGAAUCAGCAACUGCGGCUCUUUGUAACCCGACAUCUGGCUCAGUUUUCUUCCGAAGUCAAAGGCCAAAGAACUCUCCAUCACCGGACUGAUAUCCUGGAGACGGUGAUCCUGGUAAAUCCUAAUGUGGACAGCAUCGUGUCUGAGGUCCGCUCACUGGUGUGUGAUUCAUCAGCCCACAAACUACUGAUCCUCUGUGGACAGAGCUCAGACCAGGAAGGAGACUUGGUCCUGCAGACAGGGACCUUCACUUACCAGAAGUUUGCUGAGAUACUUUCAGACCCAGAGGUCACCCAGAUUCUCAGCAACACUGACUCAGAUACCAAGGCCUCCCUUACUGUGUCGUGCCUGGGAGAAGGAGCCUGGAGCAACCUUGGGCAUCCUCAAUUUCAGGAAAUUAUAAAUCUGAAACUGAAUCCUGAUCCAGUUCUGCCAGAAAUGGAUGGGGUGUCUGAGUUCGCAGAAUAUGUCUCUGAGACAGUCGACGUGCCGUCUCCAUUUGAUCUCCUGGAGCCGCCCACCUCAGGGGGCUUUCUGAAGCUUUCUAAGCCCUGCUGCUACAUAUUCCCUGGGGGAAGAGGUGAUUCUGCUCUCUUUGCUGUCAAUGGGUUUAACAUCCUUGUGGAUGGUGGCUCUGAGAGGAAAUCCUGCUUCUGGAAGCUGGUAAGGCACCUGGAUAGGAUUGACUCAAUCCUGCUCACCCACAUUGGUGCGGACAACCUGCCCGGCAUCAAUGGGCUGUUGCAGAGGAAAGUUGCUGAGCAAGAGGAGGAACAAUCCCAGGGCUCUACCAACUAUAGUGACUGGAUGAAGAAUCUAAUUUCUCCUGAGCUAGGGGUGGUUUUUUUUAAUGUUCCUGAAAAACUGAAGAUGCCUGAGGCAUCCAUGAAAGUAAAGAGGAGCAUCGAAGAAGCGUGUCUGACACUGCAGUAUCUUAACAGACUGGGCAUUAAAUCAGAGCCUCUCUACAGGGUAGUGAGCAGCACCAUUGAGCCCAUCACACUCUUCCACAAAAUGGGAGUGGGUAAGCUGGACAUGUAUAUACUGAACCCUGUCAAGGACAGUAAAGAAAUGCAGUUCCUAAUGCAGAAAUGGGCUGGUAAUAGUAAAGCAAAGACUGGUAUAAUUCUCGCAAGUGGGAAAGAAGGUGAAAUUUCUGUUCCCUAUCUCACAUCCAUCACGGCCCUAGUGGUGUGGCUUCCAGCCAGUCCAACAGAGAAAAUUGUAAGGGUUUUGUUUCCUGGAAAUGCUCCUCAAAAUAAGAUACUGGAAGGUCUUGAGAAACUCAAGCACCUGGAUUUUCUGAGGUACCCAGUGGCUACUCAGAAAGAUAUCACUUCUGGAAUACCUCCACCUGUGCUGAAGCAGACCAAAAUUAAACAAAGAACUGACAGUAAAGAGAGUCUUAAGUCUUCUCCCAAGCCAUCUGUGACAAAGCAAGUCAAGAAAGAAGAGGCAGUUGAGGAGGGGAUUAAGGAAGUAAAAUCAGAAGUUGUAAAGGAUGCUAAAAUUGAGAAAAAGAUUAAAGAACACACAGAAAAAAUUUCUGAGAAAUUUGUUAAACCUGAAAAGAUAAGUGAUGCUCUCAAAGCUGAGAAAAGAAAAUUGGCAAAAGACAAGGUUGGAAAAAAGCAUCUCAAAGAGAAAGUGUCCAAAUUAGAGGAGAAGAAAGACAAAGAAAAGAAAGAGAUCAAGAAGGAGAAAAAGGACUUAAAAAAAGAUGAUGGAAAGAAAGAGGAAAAAAAGGAUUCAAAGAAAGAUGAUAAAAAGAAAGAAAACAAACCAGAGCCCAAAAAAAUUCCUAAACCGGACUUGAAACCAUUUACCCCAGAGGUAAGAAAAACAUUGUACAAGGCAAAACUUCCAGGCAGACUCAAAACUGAGAAGAUUAAAAUCAAACCUGAAAAGGAACCUGAAAAGGUACCUGCUGACCUGAAGACAUCACCAAUGGAGAAGGUAGCUGUACAGGCAGAGCCAGGAGAGACUUCUAUAGCAGCACAGAGGUUAGUCCUGUCUUCACCAGAAGAUCUUACAAAGGACUUUGAGGAACUGAAGCACGAGGAGAAAGGGGUCUUGCAGGUGACUCAAGAACUGCCUGAUAUGAAGGUUAGUGAUAAGAUUGUGAGAGCACCUGAAGCAGAGAUAAAAGACUCUGCUGACAUGACUGGUCAGAGUUGCCUUGAAGCAGAUCUGAUUUUGAAAACAAGGACUCCAGAUCAGGGAAUAACUACUAUUGAUAUGGAAAAAGAAUCACCAGCAGAGGAAAAGGCAGUCCAUCAUCUGGAACUGAGGGGAGGUCGUGCUGAAAAAAUAGAGGAUGAAAGAAGAACAAUAGAUGAAAACCGUGACAUGAGAUACUGGGAGGGAAAAACUGAGCAGAGCAAGGACAUUCAGCUGUUUCCUGACAAAGACCAGGUGCCAUCACAGACAGACUUCUUGGCAAAGGGUAUUUGGCCACCAGUGUUCAAAGAGGAAGAAAAGGAGGAAGAGGAGAAAAUCUCUUUGGACAGAAAACAGAGGGAAGCAGAAACAAAGACUUGUGAAAAGUAUGUUGAGGGGACAGAGGCACAGGAAAAGGGUGAGAAGGAAAAGAAAGAAGAUGUGAUAGAAAAGGCAGAACUGGAAGAAAAGGAAGAACAGCACAUGAAAGCAGAGAAGCUGGAAAAGAACAGAGACUUCUAUGAGCUGAAUGAGAGGGAGGACAAACUGUCUACCACUACAGAAAAGGAGAAAGAAUUAAGUGACAUGGGUGAGAAAAACAAGUUACUUGUAAAGGACACAACAAAGGAAGAGUCAUAUCUGAGCAGCCUGCCAGUCCCACCAGGAGCAGCAGUAGAACAUGUUUCCUAUAUUCAAGAUGAAACUAUCCCCGGCUACUCAGAAACAGAGCAGACCAUUUCUGAUGAAGAAAUACAUGACGAACAGGAAGAGAGGAUCCCACACUUGAAGUAUGAUGUCAACACCUAUGACAUUUCUGUUCCUGACCACCCAGGCUCUUUUGAAGCAGUGCAUGGAAUACAGGCUGUGCCUCCUGCUGACCUUUCAGCUAAGGGCUAUGCUGGCCAGGAGUCUGAAAUCCUGGCAUAUCCUACAAACAUUGUGGCAGCACCUCUGGCUGAGGAGGAACACAUAUCCUCUGCCACCUCCAUUACAGAAUGUGACAAGCUUUCAUCCUUUGCAACUUCAGUAGCAGAAGAUCAAUCUGUUGCAUCUAUAACAGCACCACAAACAGAAGAGACUGGAAAAAGCUCUUUACUUCUGGACACAGGAAACAGCAUGCCCUCCUCUCGGACUGAAGCAACCCAAGGUCUUGACUACGUUCCCUCUGCUGGCACAAUCUCUCCCACAUCAUCCUUGGAGGAAGACAAGUGCUUUAAAUCUCCACCCCCUGAAGAUUUCCAUGCAUUAGCAGAAGGAGAGAGAAAACUGGAAGCUCAAAAAAAGAAUCUUCACGAAGAGGCAGAAGAUGAAGAGGAUGAAGAAGAUGGUACUCCAAAUAUUGAGAUUCCUGAGAAACUCAGAGGGCAUUACGAUGCCUCCAUGUUUGCUCCUCAAGGAUGCCCUGAUAAUGUGAUAAUCAGUGUUCCCACAGAAAUGAUGCCGUUAUCCGCUGAAGAAGCACCAUUUUCCCAGGCUGACUCUGCAGAGGCUGAAGAACGAUGCAUGAGUCCUGAUGACAGCACAGUCAAAAUGGCCUCUCCCACUCCAUCUGGCCCUACCAGUGCUGGGCACACACCCUUCCACCAGUCUCCAGUGGAGGAAAAGCUGGAAACAGUAGAUUCAGAUCUAUUUGAAAAACAAACAGAUGCUACUGCCAAGAAACUGGAAGGCCAAACUUCCGUUGUGGUGAAGAGAGCCAAGGGUGAACCUCUCAGAGAAGACGAGGCAUCUGCAGCUAAAUCCAGACAUGAAAAAGAAGUAACUGGACCUGUGCAGCACAAACUGGUCUUGGGCAGUGAAUUUCCAGUGUCUCCUGGGGAGGAGGUGCAGGAAGAACCACUGAGGAAAGAGGAGCUGCCCUGGCUCUCCUACCACAAGCAGGACACGGUGGUGAUCGGGGAGGAGGAGGAGGGUCCUGGAAUGCCCCGUCCCAGCACAGAGCCAGAAAAAGAGCGAGGAACUAAAACCAUGACAGAAAGUUUAAUGGGAUUUUCAAAACACUUGUCCUUUGAGCCAUUUGCAACCACAGAAGCGUCUCUAGGACACGUGGAUCUUUCACAGUUCACAAGCCAAAGCAAAUCUGAAAGUGACAAAUCUUUGCAAUUUUCACCAGAUGACACCAAAUCACUUUCUUUUACAGAAGAAAGUAUUGGUAAAGAAAAACCCUCAGAUAUUUCUAAGGGAGUUACUGCUGAAGAAGGAAAAGCACAGUAUUUCACAGGAGACACUUCAGAAGAGAAAUCUUCUCAUGUUUCCAUUAAAGACAUUUCCCCAGAAGAGAACAAAUCCACCUCUCUCACUGCGAGUCCCAGCAGGGAAAUCUCUUCAGACCUUUUUGGUAAAGGAAUUUCUCUGGAAGACAUCAAAUCCCUUAGUUUCACAGAAGAGAUACCUACAAAAGAAAAAACUAUGUCCAACUUCACUGACAAAUUCCCUGCAGAAGCUGUGAAAUCUAUGGGUUUCACAGACCAGAGCCCAGCUACAUAUGAAAAAUCACUGGGAAUUUCUGCCAAAGAACUGAAAGAAGCAUCAAAAUCUUCUCCUUGCCCAGAAAGUAGUUCAGUUAAAGACAUGUCACCCAGAGAUUCUUCAACUGAAGAAAUGUCUCCAGAUGAUAGCAGUUUAUUUUCUGCAUCAGAAAAGGACCCGUUUAGGAGAAGAACUGCAGGCUCGGACUCUCAGGAAGUAUCUCCAGAUGCAAAGGCCUUACAGUUUACAGAAUCUAGCCCAACUGAGGAUAAAAAAUCCUCACACAUUUCUACUGAAGAUGUAAAAUCUUUUGGGUUCAAGGAAGCUCAAGAAGAAAAAUCUCCAGAAAUGGAAGACUUUUACAUGAAAGAUUUAAGUUAUGAGAAGAAAGUGUGGUUUCCUGAAGAGGUGCAAGAGAUCCCUGUUCAGGGAGGGCGGCAGAGAUAUGACAAAGAGAGAGAGAGCACAUUCUUGGAUGAGGUACCAGAAUUUGAAACAAAAUCCCUUCCUAAAAUGGGAAAGGAGGAGAUCCUGCCUCCUGCAGUGCCUGGCAGCCACACCUGGAGAGGAGCAGAAAGGGAAGCAUGGGACUCUGCAUUUGGAUAUCUUCAGGAAGGGAGAGAGAGUGGAAGAGGAAGGCAGUUACCCAGUGAGGAGGAUAAGGAGGUCUACCAUGCUGAAGACAAAACCAUGCAAGAAGAAACAGAAUGUUUGAAGAUGGAGUCAUGUGAUUACGAAGAAGACACGAAGAGGAGUGCCACAUUUAUGUCAGAAAAAAAGAAAGUGGAUGUGGUUCCUGCUGACAUCACUGUGCUAGAAAGAACACAAGGGGAAGGUUCUCCUCUGUCUCCUCAGUAUGUCUCUGGUGAGGAAAACCAGGCCAAAGCUUUAACUGGAAAGAAAGAAAGGCAAGAAAUACUGUUGACAUCUAAACAAGAUUAUUCCUAUUUAGAUGAUGAGGAGAAAGCUGUCUUAGAUAUCUAUGCAAAGUCACUAGACCAAGCAGUGACGGGAUCUCCCCUGUCUGCAAUGGGAAAGGAGAUUGAGGCAGCACCAGGAGCAGAGAGGCCUUGCAAGUUAGAUCAGUGCAAGCCACCUUUGUGGGAGGAUGUCCCAUCAAAGAUGGCUGAGAAGAAAUCAGACAUCAGUGAUUUGUAUCAGGAAGUAGACUGCCAAUACAAGUCAGAUAGAAGGCAGAAGGAUGACUGCAAAUCCACUGAGGAGCUGUAUGACUCUACAGGAAGGAAAGAGCAGACAGCAGCAGCAUCUACUCUGUUGCAGUCUACAAGACCAGCAGAAUAUAUUGCAAUGUCCCCAGAAGAGAGCGCUGUGGUGUCAGGGCAGCGUGCACAUUCUCCUUUUGACAAAGGACAAAGCCUUUGUCAAAAAAGCAGUGCUGCCAUGGGCCAUGCUGGGGCAGUAGGUGUUGCCAUCCAAGAGUUGUAUCCUCCAGAGACCUAUUCCAGGAGCUCCGUUGAGCCUUAUUCUUAUGAGGAAGGAGUCUGCACAUAUAGAAAUGAUGACAGUUCGACAAGACAAGAGCAAGAAGAAAGAGAACCAACUCCCUACCCUGAUGAAAGAAGUUUCAAGUAUGCUGACAUCUAUGAGAAGGUAAUUGUGUCUGGAGUGGGACUCUCCCCCUUCACAGCCAAGAGUGCAGACAGCCCAGGUCACACUGACAAGGUGCCAGUAACAGCACUGAGCUCUCAAAAAGGUCAAAGUUUUCACGUCUCUGCAAAGGAAGAGGAGUCCUGCCUUUAUACCUCUGCUGAGAAGGAGUUGUCAUCUCCAGCAUCCCCUAGAGAUAAAGCAGAUUCAGUCUUUGACUAUACAGAUACCCAUGAAAGAUACUUGCCCUUGUCUGAAACAGGAAAGCCUAGGAUAUCAGAAGAACAGGAAAAAAUGAAUGUGUCUUCUGUUUUGCCAGGAGAACUGGACUCUGCACUUCACCCAUCAUCUGCAAGUACAGUAUUUGCCCUUCCCACAGGCACGACUGACACCUUUUAUCAAGGGAAAUCAUCCGCCUAUAUUGAUGCCGGUCGUCCGGAUGAGAACAUCAUUUUGUCUAGCCAGGAGCAGGUACCUCUGUCCAUGAAAUCUGAAAGCCCAGAUCCCAAAGAUACAUACUAUGAGAAAGCAGGUCGUGGGGAAGAAAGCACGAGUGACUCAGAGUUAGAAAAAGGUGCUAAGGAGAAGUCUGAAAAGGAGUCUAAACUGCACGUCCCAGCUGGAGCUGCAGGCACUGUCUAUGCACACACCUCAGCCAUAGGCAAGUUCCCUGUCUCAGAGACCCUCCUGCAGAGCAAGCGUCAGGAUCCCCUUUCCCCCAGCUCCACUUCCUCUUCUCCCUCUGGUCCAGGCUGGAAAGAGGAAUAUGGAAGUAGGACAACUGCAUCAGCUGCUGUCGUGGAAACGUAUGUUGCUGGUUACACUGAUAUGCCAGACAUGGGCAGAGCUUCAGAAAUGUGCCAUGGAAGACAGAAUUCUUCACAAAAGAGAGAGGUUGCUGAAGAAUCCACAAAGGAAUCUCAUUUCUGUGUAGCAGAUUAUCCAAGUGCAGCAGUGGUCUCCGAGUGCCCAGAGCAAGCCACAUACUUGAAAUCUGCUUCCAAAAAACACACAGAGGAAUAUGAACAGGACCCAACAGUAGAGGACAGAGGGAUGGAUAACUCUUCUGGAUUUGAAAGCUCCCUGCCAGGAAAGAGUGAAACAGCCAGCAUGUUCAGACUCGAGCAAACCUCAGCAAGCCAUUUAGGGGAUAUCUCUCUUUCUUUAAAGUCUCCAUGUGCUUUGCUCUCAGACCAGCAGAAGAAAGAUGAGUACUUGGAGGUUUCUGAGAAAAUCAGCAGCCUUGACUCAUCUUUUCCUAAAUUCUCACCACUGAGUCCAUAUGAAGAAGACAAGUUGUUCUCCAAAGGUGUGGAGAGAGAGUCUGUGCCCCAGAAACAGCUGAAAGAUGACUCUUCCAGCCUGUCAGAGGAACCUUCAUCUGAAGCCACCACUCCUGUGAUACCAAGUACAGCAGAAAGUUUCUACUCCCAUAUGCUUUCCACAUACACAGGUGCAGGAGUGGAACCAGGUACCAGGAGUCCUUGGGAUGUGUCUCCACAGAUUCCAGAUAAUGCUGUGAAAACACAUAUAGCUGAAACCAAAGAUUUUGUGUUUGCUGAAGAACACGGUUCUCCCUUCCUCUGUGGCAUGGGUGACAGCACCUUGCCAUGCAGAAAGGAGUGCCAGGUCUCAGAGCCCAUGCCAUCCUCUGAGAAGGAAGAGCAGCAGCCCUGUGGCAGCAGUCCAGAGCAGAAGGCACCGUUUGCAGAACAGCUGCUGACACUGACAUCUCUCCCUGAUGUGUUGACAUCAUUUCCUCAUCAUCAGCAUGAAGAUGAAGCCACAGCCAAUGGUCCAACAGAGGUGAGCACCAGUCUGCAAGCUUUCCAAAGCACGUACCAUGCAGCAGAGGCAAACGAUGAAAGAACAUAUCCCGAUUCUGACAGCAGUUUUUCUCCAUGCACAGGCAAAGAGGAUACAGAGAGGCAAAGCCGCCCCUCCUCUCUGAUGUCCCCUGAACACAGUUUCCAGCCCUUUAUUCCAGAUAUGCAGAGAGGUGGAAAAACAGAGGACCAUGGAGAUGCUUCCCAUGACAUGGAGCCACAUUUAGGAGGCAGUUUUGAUUGUGGACAGAAAUUUUCCUCAUGUGAAUACAAGCAGAGAAAGGGAGAGCUCUCUCCCUCAUUCAUCAACCCGAGCCCCCAUGAGCUCUCUGAAGACAGUGACCUUUCACAGGAGGAUGGUCACCCUUCAGUACAGGGAAGACAACCCCACACUGGGAGCAGCCCCAUGCAAAGCGCCACAGUGGAGGAAACCCCUCCAACAUCAGUGAGUGAUUCUGGAACCUCCCAGUCAGACUCAGAUGUCCCGCCUGAGACUGAAGAAUGCCCAUCCAUCACAGCAGAUGCCAACAUGGACUCAGAUGAAGAUGCCGACUUCCUCCCAGUGGACAAAGCUGUGGGGAAUGCUCAUCACGCCAGUUCUAGGUCCAGCCAUGAUCCUCAGCCUGUUCCAAUGGUAGAUCCCCAUCCCCACCCUCCUCACCCUGAUGUCUGCAUGGUAGACCCUGAUAUGUUGGUAAAUGAGCAAAGCAUGAGCAGAACUGAUAAAAUUUCCAAGAAGGACAUAAAAGAAAAGAACAAAGGUGUAAGGAAGCCUUUGAGCAAACCCAAAUCUUCCUCACCUGCACGGAAAUCGGAUGUGAAAGGGAAACGAUCACCCACUCCUGUGAAACAGCCAUCAGACAAAUCUCCAAAAUCUGUCACUGCCAAAAAAGAAAGAGACGGAGGAGAAAAGCCCAAACCACGUAGUGUGCUGAUGCCAGAGGAUGAGUUAUCCCGAAGUAGUCACAGCAACCCUGGCAAGAGCCUUGUUAAUGGCAUCAAAACAAACCCUGCUUCCAAUAGUCCUAAGAGCAGUUUCUCUGUGCCUAUGGGUCCACCUGUCUACGUGGACUUGGCCUACAUCCCCAACCACUGCAGCGGAAAGAACACAGACCCGGAGUUCUUCAAGCGGGUUCGAGCAUCGUAUUAUGUUGUGAGUGGGAAUGACGCAGCCAAUGGAGAACCAAGCCGUGCAGUGCUGGAUGCACUUCUCGAAGGGAAGUCUCAGUGGGGAGACAACCUGCAGGUGACAUUGAUUCCAACACAUGAUACUGAGGUGACACGAGAAUGGUAUCAACAGACCCACGAGAAACAGCAGGAGCUAAACAUCAUGGUACUGGCAAGCAGCAGCACUGUUGUGAUGCAGGAUGAAUCUUUUCCAGCCUGUAAGAUUGAAUUCUAAAUCUCUCACACUUUGUGUUCAUCCAUUGACUCUUCAAUCACCGAUGCAACAUCAGAGACACCAUCUAAUCACAGUCCAGUUCUUCUCUGGUUUAGUCCUCUACAUGGUUCCCAUUUGUCAGGCAGUCGGGUAUCCAUCUAGCUCAGCACUGGAUGCCAUGAGGAAGAAGUGCAGGGCUCUGUAAUUUUCUGGACUGAGCAAAGAGUUUGUGCAAGAGCAGUUGCAGGCCAGGGGCACUUUCACUUUCCCUGCUUUAUUCUGCUACCUGUACAGUUUCUGUAGACUAUCUUGGCUGCCUUGCUGCUGUGAGAGCUUGUUCUACUCUCUUGCUAGCUGCCUUACCAUUUAACCUGCAGCACCAUGAACCUCAUCUUUCUGAUGAGGCAUGAAGUGCUGCUGCUGCAUGCAGAGAGUGCAUGGGGGGCCAUGGAGCCAAGGUGAAAUCUAAUUUGCAAAGAAAGUGCACCGGGGAGAUGAGGGAAGGCAAAACCCUUCAACUGUUAUGUGACAGUGAAGGUCAUUCUUCCAUCUCCCAUCCUGAGCAUACAGGAGGUGUUUUGAGCAAGGGGACUUCAACUAGGCAGGACUACCGCAUGCCAGCAUGGCAAGUUUCUGUCCCAAAUAUUUGCCUAUGGCAUCCUGCAGCACCUACUCAGGUGCUCAGGAAGCCAGGAUGAAGGACACGGUGGGGGAGGACAUGAGAGGGGAGGGUUCAGCACAUUCCUAACCUGUUAACUUGAGCUUCGCACACAUAGUGGCCAACCUGCACAUCAGCUGUGUGGCAGGAGGAGGUACAGGGGGGCUGUGGCCUGAACAGUCACACAAAAAGAGCAUCCAAACGCACAACUACAGCCCCCUCCACAGCAGAAGGGCUGAAACAACUCUGGCCAUUGUUGGCCCAAGAUGUUCGAGAAACCUUCCUGUCCCUAAACGAAAGGCUCUGGAGGACUGCGGUGAGGCCACUGAGGAGCGCGCAGGCUCUGUGGGGGAGGCUGGUGCCUGGCAGGUGUCGCUGGGUGUGCCAGCUUUGCACGCAACAGCCAUGUCCUCGCUGCCUGUGUGCCAGGGUCCAAAUCUCAGAGUUCUGUUCAAGCUUUUUUUUGUCCCCCCAGGUGUCCUGGAUGUGGGGAAUAGAACCUGUGGUGUGAGGAAAGAGAACCCCCUUCCCGAAGUACUCGGGAGAAAGUAGUGUAGCAAGCGUAGUCACACUCAGUUAUCCCCCUGUCAUGGCAGGGAUGUGUUGGCAGCACAGGUGAGGUGCUGCUAGUCCAUGCAGUGCCACCUUGCAGCUCAUUCCCUGACACCACUGUGGGCACCUGUCCUUGCUCUCUGGUCAUCCUGACAGAAGCACAGCUGUGUGCCGUGAGUGCACCAUGGCUACUGAGCAGCCACCCAGGACCUCCUUGGCAGGCAGACCUGUUCCAGUGUGGGAGACCCAUUCUCCUUGCAGGGAGAGCAGCUGCAGGAGUGUGGGUGCUCAGGUGCACUGAGCCAGCAGCACCUUUGCCACCUCCAAGAGCCUUUGCCACCUCCAAGAGCAUUGACAGAGGGUCUUAUCACAAAGACAGCCUUUAUCUUUCUAUAAGACAAAGAGAGUGGCAGCAGGCUGUCCUCUAGGGAAGGAGGAAUGAGACAGAAAGCAGUGCUGCAAGGCUUGACAUUCAGCACAAAGGUAUUUCUAUCUGCUGUGUCAUCCACUGUGCUUGGCCCUGAGCCGAGGGCUGACUCCACCAUGAGCAUCACGAGACCAUGUGUUGCACUUGCCUGGGACACUUCAGUCUCAGUGCUAGUUUUCUGGCAGGUGACAUAAAGAAAAUGCUGCUUAGAAACCUGCUCCUAGGAUAAAAAUGGAGUUUCUAGGGAAAUGGUCUAUCUUGCAUUUAAUUUAUAUAUUUAUUUUUUUUAAUGUAAAGCUGCAUUUUUUGUUGAUUUAAUAUUUUAAUUUAUACAUGUUAACAUGAUACCAUGUGCUUUUAGUGUCAGUUCAGAGGUUUCUUGGUACAAAUACUUACAUGCUGCAAUUUAAAUAACAACAUAAAAGGACCACAGAGAACUUGGCAGCCAAAAUGUCUCUGCAAGGCUGUAUCUAAAACCCAGCAGCUGCAGGACAAGGCCUGAGGCCAGCAACCUCCCCAAGGCGCGGCCAGCCCUUUGGAUACAGCCCUUGUUAGGAGCAUGUGAGCUUACUCAGGGCUUUAGCAAAUCCUUGCCCUGUGCUGUGUUCAUUUUAACCAUGGGAUUACCCUGUAUCUGCCAGCAGAAUAAAUGUCAUUCUCUGUUCCCCGAUGGGGUCAGCAUCCAUGAUGUUGGUUCUGGCAAUAGCAGGCAGUACAACACCUGCCCCUGUUCCCCCCCAGAAUGCUGGGGGGAUUUGCCUGCAGUGCUUUGGGGAGACGGUGGCUCACCCACCGUGGCAGCAGCUGCAGGAUGCCAGGCACCAGAGGCACAAGCGUGGCCCUCACUGGCUCCCAGGAUCCCUGUAUGUGGCUAGAUGUAAAAGCUAAUGCACUAACUUUAGAUAGACCCACACAUGAAUGUUUUCUCAAUUUUAAACUUGAAGCAAUUCUAAGCAGCAGUAAUAGUGAGGCUUUGUGAGGUACCUGCGUCCUCCAGCAGGUGUGCGGCCAGCAGCAGGUUCCAGAAGGAAUGCUGCCCUCCGCACUCCUUUCCUGCCUUCUGCAGCUCUGCUGCUUUGACAGCUUUAUCCUACACCAGUUCAAUUCCCUGUCCUCAAGGCUCCACAUUUUGUUUUCAGUUUUUUGUGGCAGUCUGUUCUGCCUUCAGCUUCUCUCGCUCCCUGUCUUUUUCCACCUGCUCCACCUUCCAUCUUAAAAAACUAUGGGGAAAAAGACUUAUGAAGAUGCCAAUUUGUAAAGAAGCCUGACCCUGCUCAGGCCACAGGAGCCAGCAGGACCUACACGGAGCCAGGGGCAAUACAACACUAUAGAGAGAAACAGUUAAACUCUGCUUUUGCUUGUUUCUGCAUGUGGGCAACAACGCGUAAUCUUCCUGUAUGUAAUAGGUAAAAAAUACUAUUUUAAACCUAUAAUUAAAAAAGUGAACGUCUUAACUGUAUUGAAAUGGCAACUUGUGCUCCUAGCUUCUUCUAUGCUAAAUGUUUUAAGAACAGAGCCCUGAUUCUUUUCUUCAGCAUCAUAUUUCUAUUUGAAUUUAGUUCCUUAAGUUCUGUCCUUUUGCCCAUUUUCCAUGUGAAACACUCUGUAACUAACUGCUGUCAAGAGAGGAGCCCAACACAUUAAUAAUAAAGCCACAUUAAUUGCGAACAAAAA